CGUCGUUUCGCUACCCCAGUAGCCUGCACAUCUGUUUGGGCUCGGUCCGGGCCUGUUCUGCCGCGCAUGGCUACCUCGAUGUCGGCUGCACAGCUCAGGGCGUCCUUCCAGACGCUGGUGGUGAGCCACCAGGUCCAGCGCCACGGCGCCAACCGCAACUUUGGCAGCGGGCGGCGGCAGCGGCGCGGCGCCGCCGACCCGCGCCCCGCCUUUGCCCCCGCGCCGCCGCAGCCCGCGGGCGGCGCGGGCUGGCCCCUGGCCGCAGUGCGCGCCGACCAGGCGGCAGACACCACCGACAGCGCCACCAUCCAGCUCAUCUCAGACAUCACCCGGGGCGUGGACGAGGCGCUGGGCGCGGCGCUGCAGCGCAAUGCGGCGGCGGCGCUGGAAGGUCUGCUGUCUGGCGGCGCCAACGAGCUGAAGCAGAAGGUGCAGGCGUCGGUGCUGGACCUGCAGAGCGGCCUGCUGGAGCGCGAGACAGAGGUCCGCCUGCUGCUGCUGGCGGCGCUGUGCGGCGAGCACCUGCUGCUGCUGGGGCCCCCCGGUACCGCCAAGUCUGAGCUGUCCCGCCGCCUCAGCAAGCUGACCGGCGGCAAGUACUUUGAGCGCCUGCUCACCCGCUUCUCGGUGCCCGAGGAGCUCUUCGGCCCGCUGUCCAUGAAGGGCCUGGAGAACGACCUGUAUGUGCGCCAGAUCGAGGGCUACCUGCCCACAGCCGAGGUCGCCUUUGUGGACGAGAUCUUCAAGGCCAACUCCGCCAUCCUCAACGCCCUGCUGACCCUGCUGAACGAGCGCCUGUUUGACAACGGCAGCGAGCGCAUCGAAGUGCCCCUGCUGUGCCUGGUGGGCGCCUCCAACGAGCUGCCCGAGAGCGAGGAGCUGGACGCCCUGUACGACCGCUUCCUCAUCCGCCGCAACGUGGCCCAGGUGUCAUCCGCGCAGCUGGCCACGCUGGCGCGCCUGGCGGCGGGCACGCUGGACGAGGGCGACCGCAUGUCCACAGACGACCCGGGGAACGGCCAGGUGGUGGCGGGGCAGGUGGCGGAGCUGGGCAUGGACGACUUUAGGUCCACCGCCGGCCAGGCGUACGGCAACGUGGAUGUGCCAGAGGCGGUGAUCGACCUGCUCACCAGCGUGCGCAACUACCUGCAGGACAAGUGCGAGCCGCCCGUGUAUGUGUCUGACCGCCGCUUCAUGAAGGCAGUCAAGAUGCUGCAGGUGGCCGCCUGGGCGGACGGGCGCAGCGCGGUGCACGAGUACGACUGCCUGCUGCUGGAGUUUGUGCUGGGGCAGCGCCCCGACGACGCGCACAAGGUCAAGGCCUUCCUGCUGGAGACGAUCGCCAGUGACCCCGGCCUGCAGCAGACGGAGCUCGUCUUCCUGGGCCUGUUUGGCCGCUCCUGCCGCGUGCUGGCGGAGGCGGGGAGCGGCGAGCUGGCCGACGCGCGCGCCGAGUGCGCGCAGCUGGUGGAGCUGCUGGAGCUGCGCCAGGGCAGCCUGACCGCCACCCUGGACGGCGGCUUCCCCGAGCUGCGCGACACGGUGUGGCAGAGCGAGGCGUCGGUGCAGGCGGCAGUGCAGGCGCUGACGCCGCAGAUGACGGAGAACAAGAAGCGGGCGGAGGACCUGCUGCGGGAGGCCAUGGUGCUGCAGGCGGCGCUGGAGCAGGCGGUGCCGGCGUCGGUGCUGGAGCGCCUGCUGCCCAAGCGAUUCAAGCAGUACACCAAGGGCAUCAGCGGGCGCGCAUGAGCAGGCCCGCACACGCCAAGACCAGCGCCGUGCAUGCUGCUCCGCUGCGGCGGCAGGCACCGAGCAGAUACCUGCUCGCAACCCAUCAUGCGCCCAUGUGGAUAGAUAAGCUGCCCGUGUGGGGCAAAAGCCCUUUUUACCGCACCCCUUUGACGCCCCAGCCCAUUUCUUGCGGUUUGUGCCCCCCUCCCUCCCUCUUGACACCCGGUCAACAAACGCCUGAAUUCUUCGACCUGCUUUGUACCCAAUGCGCUCGCCCCCGCUGGCGCGCGCAUCUGUUUUGUGAUCUGCGCCCCCCUGGCGCUACGUGGCCAGCGCUCC